ACACAAGGAAUCCUCCCAUUUCACUAGAAAUAGAAAAUAAAUUCUUUCAGUUUCAUAUUUAGUUUCAACUUGAACUUGUAGUAACUCUGUUGACUCUAUUGAAAAUGGAACAUUGAGAGAAUGUUAUAAAACCCUUGACAACCAUUCCUUUUCUAAUUUUGUGAAUAAUAAGAUUUGUAUCAUGUUUCCUCGUUCAUACAGCUUGAAAGAUAUUCCACAAGUACAAGGAAAGACUGCGAUAGUAACAGGUUCGAAUACGGGCAUUGGCUUGGUAACUGCAAGAGAACUUGUAAGAAAAGGCUGGCAUGUUGUGUUGGCUUGUCGUAAUGAAAACAAAGCCAAAGAGGCUAUGAGAAGUAUUGAGACUAUUACUGGAAGAUCUUCCAGUGUAGACUUUUUGCCUUUGGAUUUGGCCUCCUUGCAAUCUGUGAGAGACUUUUCAAAACGAUUUUUGGAAAAAUAUAGCUCACUAAACCUUUUGAUAAACAAUGCUGGGGUUCUUGCUACCAAGUUUGAACUUACCAAAGACGGUCACGAAAUCCAUUUUGGUGUAAACCACCUGGGUCACUUUCUUUUGACAAAUCUACUCCUGUCCAGGCUACGAGAAAGUCAUCCUUCACGCAUAGUUGUCGUUUCAAGUGUCGCGCAUCAACAUACUUUUAGAGAAGGUAUUCUCUUUGAUGACAAGAAAAGAAACGCUCCCUGGAAGAAUAUAGUGGAACGUUUGCACGCCUAUGGCCAAAGCAAAUUAGCCAAUCUCUUGUUUGCCAAGGAACUUGCCAGGAGGCUAGAGAAGACACAGGUAUAUGUUAACGCUUUACAUCCAGGCGUGAUACGUUCUGAACUCUUCCGCUCCGAGAAUCCGUUCUUGCUGUUCCCUAUUAUGGCAUUUGCAAGGACUACUGAAAAUGGUGCCCUCACCAGUCUUUAUGUAGCAACGAGUCCUGAUAUAGAAGAGAAAAAUAUUAGAGGAGCAUACUUUAAGCCUUCUGCUACACUCCCAGCUCCUUUCAUACGACCAGCUAUCUGCACUCCCUCUUCAAAAGCUCGUGAUGCCAAGUUGGCUACCAGUUUGUGGGAACUUAGUGAAAGACUGGUAGGUUUAAGUAAAUAAUAAAACAGUUGUGUAUAUUUCACUCCGACGAAAGUUCUUUUCACUUGUGCAAUUGUUGAA